CGUCGGAGAAGGUUGUGCGUCCGGUGCCGUGUAGGACGGUUUUUCCCGUUUUGAGAUUUGGUGAUAUAAAGUGUUUUCCUGUGUGUACGUUAGCGCCGUUUUGAACGAUAGUGGCAGGCGUCCGCCGAACGGUACAACAAGUCAUCCCUGGUACUGGUUUCGUUUGGCAGUCUUUACGGUGAAGUGGGUGGUGCAAGAAAUCGGAAGAGUUGUUUCGCGGAGUGGCGUUAACUAAUUUUUAAACUGGUGUCGCAGAGUGUUCGAAAAGGUGAAAUAAUACGAAUACCCCCCUGUGUGUGUAUUGUGUCGUGUUUGAAAAAGUGAAAACAUCAUUGUCUCGUAAAAUGAUACGUGUGUGUGUUCGAUUCUAGAUAUACCAGAAUUUAAAUAAAAAGAAUAGUGUGGAAAAACAACCGUUCGCCUGUUGGUUACAGUGUCGUGCAAAAGAAGUGCAAUUUUUUGUUCGCCAAAAAAUAAAGAAUAGGUCAUUCAAAUCUAAUUACUGCACACUUUUUCAAGAAGCAAAUUGAACGUAAAAUUUAAGUAAAACGACCGUUACACACCAAAUUAUGCAAAACCCCUUUCGCGUUGGGUGUUUAAAUUUGAAAAAUUAAAAGAAAGAAAAAAGAAACAACGACUCGCUUGGAAGAGAGACCUCCUGCUGAUCGAACGUCUCCCGCUGCUGAUGCCGAGUUGGCAAACGGUUCGGUGCGAAACCACAGCAAACCAGCCUCGCCAACCGCUUAUCGGCUCCCGCAAGGAGUUCGGCGAAAAGUAGAAAACAAGAGGAAGGAAGAAAAAAACAGGACCGAAAACAAAACGGUCCGGGUGGAGUGUGAAGUGUAGCAGUCGGAAAGAAAAGUGUUUGCCGGGAGCAGCAGAUACCGUGGUGUUGGGGUUUUCCCUCCCCCUAUCGCCGUUUGUUUUCUCAACCAACGACCCAACGACGGCGGUGACGGCCACUACGAUUUCACGUUCAAGGCGAACCGCGAAACUAUUCUAAGUUCGGCCUUCGAACACAUGCCGGUGUUCGAAAUCGGUUGGAGUCGCGCUGAUCGGCCCCAUUCGAGGGGGCCAUGACGCGUUGGCCCGUCCUCCUGCUCGCACUGCUCACGGCGACGCUCGACCAUGUUCCGGCCACGGUCGGCCUGAACGCCGGCUACAAUGGUGGCGGUUCGGCUGCCGGCGCCGGCUCGAGCGGGGCUAGUGCGUCCCCGGGUGGAUCGGGCACGGCUGGGACGUCGCCCUCGGCACUGCCGCCCUACCCUGAUCUCUUCAACCCGUCGCCUCAGCAGCAGCAGCAGCAACAAAGUCAGCAGCAGAACCAGCAGCAGCAGCAGCAACUGCAGCACUCGUCCGGCUCGUACAUCACGAAGGCGCCGGUCGACUCCCCGCACCAGAAGUUCCGCAACAACCGCACGGUGCUGACGCUCGGCUACCUGACCGCGAUCAAGGGUAACCUGCUGGAGAAGCAGGGCCUCACGAUCUCCGGCGCGCUCACGAUGGCGCUGGACGAGAUCAACAACGACCCGGACCUGCUGCCGAACGUGACGCUCGCCCUGCGCUGGAACGAUACCCGCGGGGAGACCGUCGUCGCGACCCGCGUCAUCACCGAGAUGAUCUGCGACGGUGUGGCCGCCUUCUUCGGCCCCGAGGGUACCUGCCAGACCGAGGCCAUCGUCUCGCAAAGCCGCAACAUACCAAUGAUCUCCUAUAGAUGUUCGGAGUUGCAGCGUAGUUCUCCGAUUCCUACCUUUGCGCGAACGGAACCGCCAGACACUCAGGUUAUCAAGUCCAUCAUCUCGCUGCUGCAGUACUACGGGUGGCGCAAGUUUUCCAUCAUCCACGAGCAGCUGUGGAAGAACGUGGCCCUCUCGCUCGAGGCGCAGGCCAUCAGCAACGACCUGCAGGUGAACCACGUCGAGAUGGUGUUCGACAACUACAAAUGCUGCCAGGAAGACAUGGACUGCUGCCGUAGUGGAUAUUGGUACACGGUCAUACAGAAAACGUUGAACCGGACCAGAAUCUACGUGUUUCUCGGCAGCAGCAACCAGCUGGUCGACAUGAUGACCACCAUGGAUGGCAUGCAGCUGUUUGCCAAAGGCGAAUAUUUGGUCAUUUCCGCCGACAUGAUGACGUUCUCGGCGAGGCUGUCUCAAAAGUACCUGUGGCGUGCGGAGAAGCCGGCCAACGUCAAGGACUGCAAGGAUCUGCCGGGGAACUUCGUGAAGCGCAGCAAAAGCUUGCUGGUUGUCGUCGCGUCCGAGCCGCUGUCUACGUUCGAGAACUUCACGCACAAAGUGCGCGAGUACACCUCGAAGGAACCGUUCUUCUUCAAGCAGCCAAUACUGUUCAACCAGUUCGUUAAGUACGUAUCGAUCUACGCGGCCUAUCUGUACGACUCGGUGAAGCUGUACGCCUGGGCGCUGGAUAAGCUGCUGAAGGAGGAACAACAACACCGACCGCUAACGAGCGACGUGAUCCGGGACGUGGCCAGCAAUGGCACCAAAAUCAUCCAUACUAUCAUCAGCAAUCGAACCUAUCACAGCGUUGCCGGUGCGACGAUCAAAAUCGACGACUAUGGCGACUCGGAGGGUAACUUCUCGGUGCUGGCGCUCAAGAAGGAGAACUACAACGAGGACAACUUUUCGUGCGAGUAUCAGCUGCACCCGGUCGCACACUUCCAGAUGCGCCAGCCACAGAAUCUCAACGGUACCAGCCAGCAUCGAAAUGAUGAAAUUCCAGAGUUUAAGCUUGUCAAGGUAGGCAGCACGAUCGAUUGGGCCGGCACGGACCGGCCGAUGGACGAGCCGUCCUGUGGCUUCGCCAACGAGCACUGCAUGAAGGACGACACCCACGUCAUGUCGAUGGUGAUAGCCGGCGUCCUGGCGCUGAUACUGUUCUGUGCCGGCGUCAUCACGAUGAGCAUCUACCGCAAAUGGAAAAUCGAGCUGGAGAUCGAGGGCCUGCUGUGGAAGAUCGACCCGAACGACAUCAAGGGCUACUUCAACACGGAAAUAGUCUCCUCGCCGAGUAAGCUCAGUUUGGCGAGUGCCCAGUCGUUCGGGUCACGCUGCUCCAACCAGGUGUUCACACCGACCGCCCGCUUCCGCAACGUGGUGGUGCGCAUUAAAGAGCUGAAGUUCUCCCGCCGGAAGGACAUCUCGCGCGAGAUCAUGAAGGAGAUGCGGCUGCUGCGCGACCUGCGGCACGAUAACAUCAAUAGCUUCAUCGGGGCCUGCGUGGAGCCGAUGCGGAUAUUACUAGUCACUGAUUAUUGUGCCAAGGGAAGCCUGUACGAUAUCGUCGAGAACGAGGAUAUCAAGCUAGAUGAUUUAUUUAUUGCAUCACUGGUGCAUGAUUUAAUUAAGGCAAUGAUCUACAUUCACAGUUCAGCUUUAAACUAUCACGGUAAUCUGAAGUCAUCGAACUGCGUCGUGACGUCGCGGUGGAUGCUGCAGGUGACGGACUUCGGUCUGCACGAUCUGCGCCACUGCGCCGAGAACGAAUCGAUCGGUGAACAUCAACACUAUCGCAAUCUCUUCUGGAAGUCACCGGAACUCUUGCGUCAGCCCAGCGUGUACGGCAGCCAGAAGGGUGACGUGUACGCGUUCGCGAUCAUCCUGUUCGAGAUCAUUGGCCGUCGAGGUCCGUUCGGUUACACCGAGCUCGAACCGAAGGAGAUCAUCGAGCGCGUAAAGACGCCGCCCGAGCCGGGCAAGGAACCGUUCCGGCCCGACAUCGAGAGCGUGAUCGACAACGAGGAGGUGUCCGACUACGUGAUCACGUGCAUCCGGGAAUGCUGGGACGAGAACGCCGACCUACGGCCAGACUUUCCUAGCAUUCGCAAUCGGCUGAAACGCAUGCGCGGUGGCAAGUCGAAGAACAUCAUGGACCAGAUGAUGGAGAUGAUGGAGAAGUACGCGAACAAUCUGGAGGAGAUCGUGCAGGACCGGACGCGGCUGCUGUGCGAGGAGAAGCGCAAGACGGAGGACCUGCUGCACCGGAUGCUGCCGCAGCCGGUCGCGGAGAAGCUGACCAAAGGGCUCGGCGUCGAGCCGGUGUCGUACGACUCGGUGACGAUCUACUUCAGCGACAUUGUUGGUUUUACAGCGAUGUCGGCAGAGAGUACGCCGCUGCAGGUCGUCAACUUCCUGAACGACCUGUACACGGUGUUUGAUCGCAUCAUCAAGGGCUACGACGUGUACAAGGUGGAGACGAUCGGUGACGCGUACAUGGUGGUUUCGGGUCUUCCCAUCACGAACGGUAACCGACACGUCGGAGAGAUCGCUUCGAUGGCACUGGAGCUUCUGCAGGCCGUCCGGAGUCACCGGAUCGCGCACCGGCCUAACGAAACGCUGAAGCUUCGCAUCGGCAUCCAUACGGGGCCGGUGGUGGCGGGAGUCGUCGGGCUCACCAUGCCCCGGUACUGUCUGUUCGGUGACACGGUGAACACGGCGUCCCGCAUGGAAUCGAACGGCGAGGCGCUAAAGAUCCACAUCUCGCAGCAGUGCAAGGACGCGCUGGACACGCUCGGAGGGUACGUGAUCGUCGAGCGCGGCUUAAUCGCGAUGAAGGGCAAGGGCGAGGUGAUGACGUACUGGCUCGAGGCGGCCACCGAGCAGGCCAUCCAGAAGAUUCCGGUCGACGCUCGGGAUCUGCCGCCGCCACUGUUCUGCCGGCCGCGGCGCAGUCCCAAGAUGACGUACGACUCGCGCCAUCCCAGCAUCAUCGGACUGCCGGGCGGGGGUGUCAUGAUGAUGGGCAUGGGUGGAAGCUACAUGCCGGGUAGCAGAAGACAGUCGUGCGCGUACCGGGUCGGUGUUGGCGGAGGGGCGGAUCACGAAAGCAGCUACAGCCUGCAGGGAUCGAUGUUUGGGCCGAUGGUGGUGACGAGGGCGGAUUCACCACGCUCCCAGAGCCACCGGUUGGAGAACCUGCUGGCGGGCACGAACGAUGAUGAUGAUGAUUCGCAGAGCACGCUCGACCAGCGCACCAGUAUGCUCGGCAAGAUCGCCUCCAGUGAGAACCUUAAGCGCGUCCUGCUCGGUGGAAGCAGUCCCGGUCGCCGCUGGAGUCACAAACUGCGUUCAAUCACGUCCACCGACGAUUAUAAGCAGCUUUGUCGGAUGUCCUCGAACGGAGGUGGAUGUGAUGAUGGUGGUGGUGGUGGCAGUGGUGGCGGUGGAGGUGGACGAUCUUCCGAGGCGGCCGUUCUCCGCGAGAGCCGAUCGCUUGAUCCCUUCCCGGUCACGACCGAACCGAGCCGAAAGAGCGCCAGUAGUCGACUUCUUGGCGGUGACCAGGUGUUAACGAAGCGCGCUCCACGAAUCGUUCGGAGUAACGCGGCGACACCGUCACGAACCGGAUCUCAGUCAUUCAUGGCAACGGCUCCCGUAGCGACGAUCAGUCACGAGUCGAUCAACAAUCACGACGACUCCUACCACCAACAGCACCACCACCAUCAGCAGCAGCCCGAACACUAUUCACCUCAGAAGCUGCUCGCCCUCACCAACUCGAACCAUCCGAAAGGAGCGCCACCACCACCGAACAGCCAUGCGGCCUGCGAGGCGUACAGCAAGUAUCUGCACAACAACAACUGCAACGGCUCGAUCGGUGGCAACAACUCCGCCGAGCAGCAGGAGCAACCGAACUGUCCGCUGCUAACGCGCCAAACGUCCCUCACCACGCCGCAGCCGGAGGACUGUCUCAGCGGGCUGCACACGAACGCAAACAGCGGCAGCAAACGGUGGUACUCACUCGAGCACGUCGGUGGGCCGGACGGGGACGAGGACGCCUGCAGCAAGAAGUCGCUCACGCGCGGCUCCAUCAAGUCCUGGCUGUUCGGGUUCAUCCAGGGCAACGGGUUCAAAUCGAGCGACAGUUCGCUGCGUAAGGUCGGCGUACUGCCCGCGCCGGUCGGUGGCGUAACGGGCUUCGGUGAGCUGCAGUCGAAGGAAAACGAAAGCAUGGUAUGAAACGGUCUGCCACUGCCGGCCGCAACCUCGACACCAAUCAACCAACCACCACCUCCACCACCGUCACCAAGAAGCUAGAACCACAAACCUUUUCCCACAACCGAAACCAACGAGUAGCAAGUUUUAUUUUAACGUCCCGAACGGUGUUUCGUUGGCAAUCGACGGAACGGGCGGCAUACCAACAAGAACCUUCCCGUUUCAUAGGACGUCGCGGGUUUUUAUUUAUACAACCGUUUUUUUUUUAAUUGUAAAAAUCCUUUCCUCAUUUUAGUUUCUUCUCCGUGUAGCCUGAUUGUAAUCCGAGUGCCAUGCUUGUUUUUUUUAUUUUAUGUGCGCAAUUAAAGUGUCCGUAAAAGAGACCGAUCUGUUCAACAAGAAACCAAUCCGACAAAGAUCGCAUCCGUGGACAAAGUGUUCUCAGUGCGAAUUAUGAUCGGUUUUUUUUUAAUUUUUCGUAUUUGUGUACCCACUCGGUAUUCCCGCCCCGGGGCAAAAUGGCGAGUGCAGCGAUGCACAAUAAAAAUAAGGAAAAGUGUUGCCUGGAUGUGGACACGGGUACACUUUUUUUUUCGAACCGAACGAAACGGCCAAACAUGCAACAGGCAGUGUCAAAUGCUUUUAGAAAUAUAUUUUAAUAGCACCAACCAAUAAGAUGUAGUUCGGUAUAGCAAGGGAGACAAACUAUAUACAAUAAUGGUACACAUGCAGAAGAUUCAACAGCCAAAAAGGGACAAACAAACAAACAAACAAACAAAACAAGUGUUGUUCAAUAAAAGCACACAAUAAACCACAAACCAACACACCACCACAAACAGUAAACCGCACAGCAAAGAUGUAAAGUUAACUCAAAUGGUGAAAAGGAAGCUGGUUGAAACGAAGUGGUUCCGACAACAAAACAAGAAAUAGAAAACAAAAAAUCAGUAAACGAAGCGGGCGGAGAGAACGAAAAAAAUAACUAGGCUGUGAAAAUAGAUGUUAAUCAACUUUACGAAUGUUCAUAUUUUCCGCUCUGGCUUCCGCUAACUGAGCGCGCUGCACUACGGCUGCAACAAAGUGGAAUCGUGUUUGUAAAAAGGAAUUUUAUGUUGUGAAGAGAUGUGUGAGAGAGAAAAUGGUUUGGAAGAAAGCAAGUGAAGGGAUGAGCGCUGGCGAAUGUGUUUUUCUAGCGUUUUACUGGAUGGACAAGUUUUGGCCAGUUUGUACACCAAGCCAACAAUUUCACCAACCUUUACUCCGUCUCUCUCCUACUGCGAGAUGUGUUGCACAAACAAGUUCACCAGUUGAACGUUUUGAGAAAUUUCGUAAAAAAAAACGUUUUGUACUAUUUAGUGGAGCGAUCGGAUUGUCUUGAACGGUCGUUUACAACUGAAAAAUAUGUCUUCAAAAAUACAUCUAUAAAAUACAUAUACAUAUACGUGUGAUGUUCUGAACGAGCACAUCGAGCCAGCCAGACUGUCGCGGUCCCUUAUGAUCGUCCUUCCGAUCGUGAUCUUCUAGGCAUGUAGUAUACAGAGAUGUUUUUUAAAACUGUUUCCAUCAAUGUAUCGAUGUGCGCACCGUUUAUCAAUGUAGGCUGCAUGGCACGCGUAACAGGGUGUGUGUGUACGUGUCUAUUGUGCAUAAUGUACUUUAAAGUGGCGUUUCAAAUAUGUUACGGGAUAUAAAUGUGUCAAACAGCUAACUAAACAAUUGAAUAGCGAAUAAAAGGGAACCCAUUUGCACACACAAACACAAACACAUGUAGUCAGGAUAACAAAUCUAAAAUAAAUUAAAAUGGAUAGAGAAUUAAACAAAAGUAACAGUAAUCUAGAAGAUGAAACCAAUUAAAGCAAACCGACACAACGCACGCUGAAAGAAGCGAUCCACAGGAGGGGUGUGUUUGUGUUUGUAAGAAAAUAUAAUAUCGCAUCCUACAGAAGGUGUGUGUGCGUCCUCGGGAGGAAGCACGCCGCGGGUUGCGCCGCUAAAAGUGCGCAUAGAUUUACUGCGAGUUACGUAUGGUUGGAACCGUGGUGAAACAGCUAAAGUUACCGUCGUUAGUAGAAUGAAUUUAAUGUUUUAUGAAUGUUAUACUAUACUACAGCGAAGCCGCGUUGGAGAAGAAUUAACUCACGCGGGAGCAAACGCGCGCUCACGCAAACAAUGGCCUGGGCCGUCGUAGGAGAACCAGAAAAAGAGAGGGUUAGGAAAAACAAAAGUGGAUAAAACAUGAAUUUUUGUUGUUAAGGAUUUCAAAAGAGUAAGUGAAACUGCUUCAUCUUCAUUUCGUUGGCGGUGUGGCGAAGAGACAACAAAACGAACACAAAUUUAAAGACAACAUGAAACCAGCAGUUUGCCCGCCAAAAGGAACACAAACAAAAUAAACGACCCAAUGAAAAAUGCGCAUGGGUGGCCUUAAAUUGUACACGAAUCUCACGGUUUGAAAAGUUUCCGUUUCAAGUGCAAAAGCAACAAAAAAGAAAAACCGGACGAAAAGUCCUGAAAAUGCGCGAGUUUUAUUGAGCAGGGAUCUUUUACCCACUGGCAAUAUACAGUUCGAUACAGCUCGAAGCUUUAGGAAGGAAAACAAACAACCGGACAUCGCCCGCAACCGGAUUGCACCCGCAUCAUCAUACUUCAGAACAUAUGCAAAACUUUGGUAGUGAUAGUGAGUUUUAGUUUUGUUUUGGGAAAAGACCAAAUGUGAAGAUGAGAAAUGGGGGAGAACAAGAGGAACCUGACGGUAGGAUGCAAGUAUCGUUAGGACAUAUGUUUUACUACAUAGAACGGGUUUUAAACUAUCAAAUCAUUCAUUGUAUAGAGCAGAGUGUAUGGACGUUAUACGAGUGUGCCCUUCAGUAAGGGUACAAAAAAUGUAUAUUUAUUGAAAAUAAAAACAAAG